AUAUAUAUAUAUAUAUAUACAAAAAAAAGAUAGAGAGAUAAAGAAAGAGAAAGAGUAAAAAAGAAAUUGUGAAAGAAUUACAAGAAGAGAGAAGAGGAAGAAAGAACGCGAAGUGAGAUCUCCCCUGUGCGCGUCGAAAAGGCGCGAUCGUUGCUCGGUUUCAUUCAGUCAGUGCCGGUACUUCUUUUCGCACGCGUCGUCGUAAUCAUCGUAGUCGUCGUCGUCGUCGUCGUCAUUCGUCGUCGUCGUCGUUGUCAUUCGCCGCCGCCGUCGUCGCCGCCGUCGUCGUCGUCGCCGCCGCCGCCUCCGAGGCCGCCGUCGUCGUCGUCGUCGUCGUCGUCGUCGUCGUCGCCGUCGUCAUCAUCGUCGCCGUCGUCGUCGUCGUCGUCGUCGUCGUCGUAGUUGUCGUCGAUGAUCAUACCAAGACCUGAAGGAUAUUAUUACUUUCCAUGUGUAUAUCAAGGACGUUCGCCUCAUUUCGUUCUAGUAGUUAGUAACGGAGUAUUAAAGGAAGAAUAUACCGAAGAAAUAAACCGAAGAAAUUAAGGAAUAUAUAAUAAACCGAAGAAAUUAAAGAAUAUUUAAUAAACCGAAGAAAUUAAAGGAUACUUAAAAUAAAAUAAAAUAAAAUAAAAUAAAAUAAAAUAAAAUAAAAAUAAAAUAAAUAAAUAAACGUAUAUACGAAUAAAGAGAAAGUCAAGACGACGGGAAAAUAUAAAGGAAUAAACAAAGUAUUAGAAAGAAAGUGGGAAGAUAUAUCCUCGUCUACGUCAUCAAGUCUUCGUCGUCAUCGAAGUUACUUCCAUGUGGGGAGAGGGAAACUAUCAUCAUCCGGUACUACUACUACUACUACUACUAGGACGAGUCAGUGAUCAUUGUUUUCAAUAUUCUUCUUCUUCUUCUUCUUCUUCUUCUUCUUCUUCUUCCUCCUUUUCUACUGCUUCUACUUCUUCUACUUCCUCUACUUGUUCUACUACUACUAUUCGUACUACUACUACUACAACUGCUGCUGCUACUACCACUACUGCUACCACUGCAAAAAGAGGGAACUGUGGUAAAGGUGGCUGAGAAGGAACGAAAAGAAGGAGAAGACGAAGAAGAGGGAGAGGAAGAGGAAGAGGAAGAAGAAGAAGAAGAAGAAGAAGAAGAAGAAGAAAGAGGAGGUGGAGGAGGAGGGGGAGGAGGAGGAGAAGAAGAACAAAUAGAAGAAUUAAAAUCAUAAGCGAAAGCUCUCAAGGGGGGGCAUGAUAAGCAAGGACGUGAUUUCGAGAAGAGAAUCAGGUGUCGCUCUGAUAAACGAUUUUUCUGAACUCGAUAGAAUAAUAGUGCGAGAGAGAAACAAGAUUCGACGGAUUAAUCGACCUGUUUCACGAAAAUUAUUGAUGACGGAAUGACGGGACCUUCAUUAUCAUUUAGAGAAUACAUCAGCAGUAUGGCCAAAAAGAUAUACGAGCGAGCUAAAAAAUAAUUUUUAGCGUAGGUUCGAUCGUGAAUCGAUCGAACGAUCGAAUUUUUAUAAAAUCGAGGAAAGGAAAGAGUACGAAAUAAAAGGGGGAAAAAAAAAAAAGUAAUACAAUCUAAGAAGAUAAUACUUUUUUCCUCAAGAAGUUUUCUUUCAAAAUAUAAAGACGAGAAAAAUACAUACGGUGAACCGACGAAGGCGACAACUAAGACGCAACACGUCGGAUGAUCGUUAACAAUGGAAUCAUUCUUACUGUGACACUAGGCUGGUUGGCCUAAUCGCCGAUGAUAAUUCCUCUUACUUUUAUUAACGCCAUAACCACCAUCACCACAACGCCAUCAUUACCAUCACCAUUACCACCAUCAUUAAGUCCUGUGCCUCCUUUUACUCUACCAAUUUAAAAAGAAUCAUCAAGUUCGUCGAGUAAAGAAAAAAGAAAGAGAGAGAGAGAGAGAGAGAGAGAGAGAAAGAGAGAAAGAAAGAAAGAACGAACGAACGAAAAAAGAAUUUCGUAAUAAUCAUUGCCGUCGUUGACCUCUCUUAUACGUCGUUCACUAAGUACACACACACACAUACAUAUAUAUAGUUUUCAAGGUCAUCUUGAUAAGUGCCGAUAAGUGCCAAGAGAAAAUUCUUUUUUUUUCUUCUGUUGGUGUAUCUGCCGAAAGGUGAAAAUAAAAAGGAAACGAAUAAGGGUGAGGACGAGGGAGAAGAGGGGAGGAGGAAAGGGAAAACGAAAAAGAAAAAAAAAUCAAACACAGGAAAGUGGGUGGUGACAAAGUGAGAUAGAGGAAGAGGUACAGAGACUGGGAAAGAGAGAGAGACAGAGAGAGAGAGACAGAGACAGAGAAAGGGAGAGUAAAAGAGAAAGAGAGAGAGAGAGAGGGAGAGAGAGGGUGUCCUCGUUGGGGUGGCAGAGUGAGCACGAUAGCACCUCUGGUGCCCUCGGCCGUGGGUCCCGAGGGGACGGACGCCAUGGCGGCCUCUUCGUCCUCGUCGAGCGGCGAGCAGCAAUACUCACUCAGGUGGAACGACUUCCACUCGAGCAUCCUUAGCUCAUUUCGUCAUCUUAGGGACGAAGAGGAUUUCGUCGAUGUGACAUUAGCCUGCGAUAGUAGCAGUUUCACUGCUCACAAGGUCGUCCUCUCCGCCUGCAGCCCUUAUUUCAGGCGACUUCUUAAGAAGAAGAAGAAGAAGAAGAAGAAGAAGAAGAACGCAUUCUUUGAAUGCAGUCAAGCAAACCCAUGCCAGCAUCCAAUUGUGAUAUUAAGGGACGUUGCAUCUUCGGAUAUGGAGUCCCUAUUACGGUUUAUGUAUCAUGGAGAAGUACACGUUGGUCAAGAACAAUUGGCUGCCUUUCUGAAGACCGCGCAAAUGCUUCAGGUUCGAGGAUUGGCGGAUGUUAAUAGUGGUGCUGCUACAGCUAAAAUUCCACCCCCACCUUCGUCAAGUGGCAACAAUGGUAGUGCACCCACGACGCCACGUAAUCCAUGGCAAGAUAACGGCAGGGGAGAUCUUAAUGAGAGUGGCUUGAGUCCUCCACCGGAUAAGAGACCUAGAAGUUAUAGUCCCCCACUGGGUAAUCAUAUCGAGCCAAAAACAGACCUACAAGAGUCUCUCUUGGGACAGGCCCUUGAAGGUGGACCCACGAUACAUACGACACCUACGAACAAUGUUCAGGCCCAAUCGACUGGCGAAGAUUCGAAUUCUAUAUCGGACAACGAGGAAGAUAUGUCGAACAACGAUAGUAUCUUAAACUCAGUGAAAACAGAACCUAGCGAUAUAUUGAAUGAUUCGAUGGAGCAUCAUCGUAGUACCUUCCCAGCUGCGCUUUUGGGUCUACAAGGACUUAUGCCAGGACCAUCGGGGAUUCAUGCGGCAAAUCAGGAUCCAAAUUACGUUGCACGACGAGGUCUAGACAUGAUGCGUGUACGUGCUACGGAUCCACGACCCUGUCCAAAAUGUGGGAAAAUCUAUCGAUCGGCACAUACAUUACGUACGCACCUUGAGGACAAGCAUACGAUCUGUCCAGGUUAUCGUUGCGUUCUCUGUGGUACCGUGGCAAAGUCUAGGAACUCUUUGCAUUCCCAUAUGUCAAGGCAACAUCGUGGAAUUAGCACGAAGGAUUUACCGGUAUUGCCAAUGCCAAGCCCGUUCGAUCCAGAAUUGGCAUCGCGUUUAUUGGCUAAGGCUGGGGUUAAGGUUAGCCCUGCGGAAUUACGUGCAAGAGCGAGUCCAACCGGUCCACGCAGAGGAGACAUGAGAUUGGAAUUACCAAGGGGUGCACCGUCGGAAGCAGGAAGUAGCGUUUGCGGUGGCGACGACCCAGAGGAUCUAACGUUACCGUUGAGUCUCAGGUACGGUUCGCCAACUCCUAACAACAAUACUGUCAUCACGAAGGUCACCGCUAGCAGUAAUAACACGACUACGAGUAAUAACAAAAGUUCAACGGCUACAGCGAUAGCUGCUAAAUCUUUAGACACUAUGCACGGAAAUCGGGAGCCUAAUACGGCCCCUCUUCAUCCACCUGGACACUUACAUCCCGGUCAUCACAACGCAAGUGCGACUGGUUCGGCUAUACUCGAUACUUAUCUUCAAUUUAUCGCUGAAAAUUCUGGAUUAACGACGAUGGGCUUGAGCCCGGAACAAGCGGCCGCCGUAGCAGCUGCGCACGCCGCUAAAAUGGCACACAUGAGCGCAAUGGAUAAAUUAGGUAGCCGCGGUCUCGAGGACUAUCCUAUAAUCGGUAGGGACGAAGGUAGAGGACCUGGAGUUGUUCACGAGGAUCGACAAGAUCUAUCGCACGAUAGGCAUCCCGCGAUCAUGGACGAAGCCGAAUCCUCGGCUGCCGAGGAAGAUGAUUUCAGUGAAAAUGAAGAACCCGAGGUUGUUAAGGCCGAGUAGUGAUAAAAAAAAAAAAAGAAAACAGAAAAAUAAGAAACAAAAAUAACACCCAAUCUUACGAAUACGAGUAAUCAUUGCCGAAGAUGAUAAA